AUGUUCUCUUCAAGAAGGAAAAGUCGUGAGCCUGCUGCCACAGUUCAAAAGGGAUUUGGUGUCCAACAACAAAAUAAUGUCAAUUCCAAUGCCUUAGCUGCUGCUACUGCCAUUGGUAAUGCUUUGAAAACAGGAACUCCUAUCCCUAGAUCAAACAGCUUACAAAGAACCUCAAGUAUGCAAAGAUCUUCCAGUUUCUUGAGUAGAAAGCCAGCAUCAAGAUCCGGAAGUUUAUUGGGAUUACAAGGCCCACCUGCAAGUUUCCAGCAACAGCAACGUCAGCAUCCACAAGCAGUUCCAAAGAGGUCACAGUCACUAACAGCUGGAUCAUCUUAUGGUAAGAAACUCAAUGCUAAAAAAUCAACAUCAUCGUUGUCAUCUGGUCCAAGAAUGAUCAAGAAACAUAUUCCUGGUCCUUAUGGAUUAGUUACAAUUGAAGUCCCGGCUGAAGAAGAACAAAAACCAAAAGUUAAACCAAGAGGUUCUCAGUCUUUUACAAGAUUUUCCGAUAGAGGUAGUUUAAGAUCCUUUCAAUCCACUGGAUCGCAAUCUUCAAGCCCUCGUGUAAAGAGAGCCAUCAUUAAUGAACCUUUAAAAGAAGUUGAUGAAGAAAUUCCUGAAGAUUUUGAACAACAAGAGCCACUGUAUCCAACUGAAGAGACUUAUGAAAGUCCAAAAGUUAGUACUCCUCCAAAAUUGAAUCUAAUACAUGAAGAAGAAGAUCAUCACUUGAAUGAUGCUACACAAGAUUUAGAGCAAUUGAAACUUGAAAAAGAAAAUGAAGAAUUGAAAUUAAAAGAGACAUUGGAUCAAGAGCAAGAUUUAGAGCAAAAUGCUUUGAGUGCAAAAGUUGAUCCGUCAGGGACAGUCUCCCCUGUGCCUACUGAAAUCAAAGCCAUCAAAGAAACUAUUGUCUCAACAGAGCCAACUAUAAAUGCAGAUGGUACAAUUGAAGGUGCACAAACCCCUGAUCUGGAAAAUGAUGUCUUGGAUGAAUAUACAGACAUCCCUUCAACUGCUAAGUCGAAUGAUACUGUUACUGCUGGUCAGUCGUCAUAUUCAACUAUUGAUAGUGAAACUGAACAAGAACAUCACGCAUCUUCUAUGGCACAACAAUUGCGCCCAACAAUUCCAUCUUUACAAGUCAAUAACAGCAAAAUCGACACAAAUGGACCUCAAGAUACUGUUCCAGCUUCUGUUGGUUUAGCCAAUACUGUGUCUGGGGAGACUGCUGCAAGUAGUUUAUACUCAAAUGAAUCACCAGAGUUUGAUGGGGUUAGUUCUCAACCAACUAAAUCUAACACAAAUGAAUCCUCUCAAGACUUGCAAAUACCCGCAAGAUCAUCAAAAAGAGAUAGUUCAACGUCACCAAGAAAAUCAGCUUUAAAGAUUAAAUCAAGUUCUACUGUUAAUCUGCAUGAUACUCCUACAAACACUUCAAACCCUUCAAAUCCUGCAAAUGCUGCGUAUCUUUCAUUGACAACUGCUGAGAACACCAGAUUAAAUGCUUUAUCUUCAUCUAAUUUGCCAGCUACAGCAUUAUCCAGAACAAACUCUUCAAGACACUCUUUAAGACAAGAACCAUCUAACAGCAGCAACAACAUCAAAACAACCAUGAGACCUCAGCAACCUCAAACUAAUGGCCCAAGAACGACAUUGAGACAAAAUCCUCCACAACAACAACAGCAACAAUAUCCAAAAGUUGCAGCCCCACAUCAAUUGCAGAAGCGUCCACAAUCUGUUGCAACUUCAAGACCUGAGCAGGCUAACAACAAUAGACAAGGCAGACCAGCUUCUGCGCAAGGCUUCAGACCACAGUCACAAGCUGCUCCUUCUUCCAGAAUCUCCAGACAACCUCAACAACAACAUUCACCAUCAAAUGCUGCUGCAUUGAGUGCUGCUACGAAGAAAGCAGAACCAUUAAAACCUUUGAUCAGAUCGUCAAGUUUUGAAAAAGAUAGACCAGCUGAAAGUCAUGCAGCUUUCAAGAGAAAAUCUCUUAGAGAUCCUCAAGUUAAUAAUCAUGCUAAUGUUGAGUCACAACUUGGAUUCUAUCGUCAUCAAGCUGCACAACAAAAUCAUCAUAAUCAUCAACAUCACCAACCACUGCAGCAGUCCCAACAAGCUCCUCAAGCAUCUAAUGGAAACGGCCAUGGUUUUGCAGGAUUCAGAUCAAGAUUUGAUGAUUCUGAUUCCGACUCUGAAGCUGUUCCAACCUUGAGAAAAGAUAAAAAGAAAACGGAUUAUAAUUUUGCUCCUCCUCCAACUAAUCCAUCAUUGAGAAAACCAAAAAGUCAAUUUACUUUGAGAAGUGCAAGUAAUAGUGCAAUCCCUGAGAAUGGAUCACCAGCAAAAUCAUUGCCAGAGAAAAGAAAUACUCGUUAUUUCAGUGAAGCUGAUAAAGAACAAUUAUUUAAUGAACAUUUAAAGAAAACAGAAGCUGCCUUACACAAUGGCGAAAAGAAAAAGAGUAAGUUUGGUGGCAAACUAAAAAAAUUAUUCGGCAGAGGUAAUAAUUGA